UUAAUACGUAAAAAAUUUUAUGAGAUUUUGAAAGUUAAAAAAAAUCAUGCAUGGUCAGUUCUUUCGAUUCAUAAUCUAUGACAAAAUUAAAACAGACCCUUUAAUGUUAAAUAUAAUAAAUACGAUAAAUGCAAAAAUAUAUCAAAUAAAUAUUUUAAUAAAAACACAAUAAAGAAAGACAGAGAUUUAUGAAACGAAAAAUACAAGUGGAAGAACAAAUGAUUUUUCUCAGAAAAACUCAUCCAGUUUCCUAUCUUAUAGUAUCAUAACUACUGCCUUUGUUUUGAAAUUUCAAACCGGUUAACGUUGUAUGUAUUGGGUUAUAAAAUAUUGUGUGUGUAUAAGUUCAGUUAAUACAAACUUGGUGUGGUAUUAAUUAUCAAAUAAAUUCUAUAUUAAAACCAUUAUUUUAAAGAAUCGUUCAUUUUGAUGAACAUAUAUAAUGGCAAUAAGCACGUAUUUUCAUCGCAAUGUACUUCUUUUAACGCAAGUAAUUCCAACGAGUGAUGAGUUUAAACUACACUUUCACGAGGGAAUGUUUGACAAACCUAAUACGAUUGGAUUUAUGCAUGUUUCACAAUAUUUAUUGACAAUAUAUGAUUUAGAGCGUUUUAAAAAAUUAAUUCAAUGGCCAGUAACAUGCAAAAAAACAGAAGUCAAAUAUCGUAAUAAUGUUAAAGAUUAUUUAAACCAAAUAGCAAAUGAAAAUCUUGAUAUCGAUUUUCCUCCUAUUCUUACUUCUUAUUUGGUUCGUGCUCAUGGUACAAAGUUUACAAUUAUUAUGUGGAAACUCUCUAUAGUAGUAUUAAGGACUUAUAUUAAGAGGAAUUGUGACCCAAAUAUUUUCUAUGCACCACGUCUAGGUCCUACAAAAGAAUUGAUAAAAACAACUCUCCAAGGAAUAAAUAAAGAUAAGAUUUCUAGCAUUACAUCUCAUCAUAGAAAUAUAAACAAAAUGAAAGAAACAUCAAAAAUGAUUAUAGCGGAAGAAAAAGAAACCUUAGCUAAUAUAAAACAAGAACUUUUUGAAAAUAAACAAUCCAUGUUAAAUCUGAUAUCUGAAGCUCCAGUUAAUUCUAGCAUAAAAGAGUGCUUAGCAAAUAUUGAAAAUACAGAAAUUAUACAGUUAUGGAAAGAAAAUAUAACUGAAAAUUUAUCAUAUAUAAGAAGGAAACAAAAGAUUUUCAAGGAUGUACAAACUCUUAGUAAUAAAAUUACUAAUAUGGUUUCCAGUAUAAUUGGUGGUUCCGAGAUAUUAGAUGCACAGCAACUUGGAAAAGUACAUUCUUCUACAAUUUCAUUGCUUCCAUUAUCAACAAGUACGCAGUAUCUUCUUCAUCAUUUGUAUAUAAAUGACAAAUUAAUGUUACGUAAUUUUAUUGAAUUAUUGAAUUUCUUGUUGUGUCAAGCAUACCAAUGCUUAAAGAAAAAUGAAUUGAAAGAUAUAUCUAAGUGCCUUCUGCAAAUAGAGGCUAGCCAAGAAGAUAUAAAAUCUGGAAUAAAAUCAUUUCAGAAUUUAAGAACAAAUAUAGAAAGUAUUUCAAAUAAUUUAAAAUCACAUUUUUAUCAAAAGAAAAUGAAUGAAACAUAUCAAGAAAACAUUUCAGCAUUGGAAAAUAUUGUUUUUUCUUCAUCUCCAGUAAUAACAAUUAAUACCAAUUGUCGUGAUGAAGGAAAUGAUGUACUAAAAAGAUUAGAACUUACACCGAUAGAAGGUGCACACAAAUCAUUAUUUUCCAGAUACAAACGACAACAUGGCAAUACUAAUUUAUCUGUUUCACAAUUAAGAACAAAUUUAUUAGUAUCACGAAUUAAUUUUGAUGAUACUUUGUCUUUAAAUAACAGUGAUAAAACUUCACAAGCUCACUCAUCUAUACCUAAAACAAAUUCAUUAUCUACUAAACAUACAGGGAAAUAUUCACGUUUAUUUUUAUCAUAUGCAAAGAAGCCCAGUGAAAGAGGUAAUCAAAAUUCUUUUCUAUAUACGAUUAGUGAAAAUAAUAAUAAUAUCUUAUUUGUGUGUGUGUGUGUAGGUAACUGUAGUAUAAAUUCUAUAUCACAUUCUAUAAAAGCUAAUUCUACUACUAUAACAAAUACAGAAGGAGAAGCACAUAAUAUGUCACAAUUUAGUCUUAGAAAUACUACAAAGAGCUUUUUUGAUCUUAGAGAAGUAAUAAUACCUGAAAAAUUUAAUACAAUAAAUCAAUUAAAAUCUCAAUAUGUUCUGAAAGAGACUAACAAUAUACAUAAUGAUCAAUGUGAAAUGGAUAAUGAAACUGAAGGAGAUAAUCUAACCAAUAUUAAAGAGAAUAUGUCUGUCAAUAUUAAAGACAUAACAAAAAAAAGAAGAUCCAUCAGUGAUUUAGUGCAACGUUAUAAAAAAGUAUUAGAAAUUACUAAAGAAAAUAUAGAAUGUGAAAAUUAGAUAGAUAUAUCCUUUAUCAUAUAUCAUAAUAGCUAAGGAUAGGAAUUUAAUUUUAUACAAAAUCUAUAUAUAAUAAAUUUUAAAGUUUUAUAAAAUAAAUAAAACGCUUGUUUUUUUAAGUCGUUUUCAAUCAUACUCUAUUAGAGGAAUUCAUUGCU